AUGGGUUCAUUUCCGGAUUGGAAAAAAUUGAUGUGUUUGAGUGGAAUCAAAAUGUGUCUUCAGUUACUAGUUUUAGCGCUAUUUGUUAUGUCUUACCAAGCCAAAGAAGAUUCAUUAAAUACGAUAUAUCAAUUUCAAGUUCGUGAUAUCAAUGGUGCAGAAGUGUCGUUGAAUCGAUAUAGGAAUAAGGUGGUUUUAAUAGUAAAUGUAGCAUCUCAAUGUGGUCUUACUCAUUCAAAUUAUGCACAAUUGAAAAAUUUGCAUGAUAAAUACAAGGAACAAGGUUUAGCAAUAGCUGCUUUUCCUUGUAAUCAAUUUGCUUCACAGGAACCUGGAAAUGAAAUGGAAAUUAAACAUUUUAUAAAGGAAACGUUCAAUUUUGAGCCUGAUUUAUAUGCUAAAAUUAAUGUUAAUGGAGCAGAGGAACAUCCAUUGUAUAAAUUUUUAAAGAGUCAAAAAAGUGGCACACUAAUAGAUGCUAUUAAAUGGAAUUUUACUAAAUUUCUUAUUAAUAGACAUGGAAAAGUGGUAGAACGAUAUGCUCCUACAGUGCAACCUAACGAUAUAGAAGAGGAUAUUGUAAAAUUAUUAAACGAACAUGUUGAUUUAUAA